CAGUAUCUGUUAAGUCGGCGGAGCAUGGGAAUUAAUUUAUUGCGAGACAUGUUAGCAACAACUCUGCUUCUUGCUGUUGUUGUUGUUUGCUCAUUGACAUUGAGCGCAAAUGGCCAACGACAGGGCGACUGUACGUCGAUAACGACAGACGGACGGGUUCUAGGACAAUGCACGCCUGUCCGUCAAUGUGAAUACUUCAUGAGGAUUCUGACGGCUAAAGUUGUUUCCCAGUCGGAUCGCAAUCUGCUGCGUGAUAAUCGGUGUCAUCAACAAAAUGACAAUGAUGUUCAAGUGUGCUGUCCAUUGGAGGCUGGCAAUAACAAGUGGAUUAGCGGCUCUGUGGCACAACCAGGAAGAGAUGCACUGGGAGCACUGAGGCAUCCUCUACUGCCCUUGGAAUGUGGCGCCGUCAAAUGGGAGCGUUCUAAUGAUACAGACACCAAAAUCAAAGAGUAUCCCUGGUUGGCACUCAUCGAAUAUUUGAAACCUACUUUCAAUGACGCAGCAAAUCAGGAAAAGCUUCAUGCUUGUGGCGGAGUUCUCAUCAGUAUACGUUAUGUCCUAACGGCUGCUCAUUGCGUCUCAAGUCGAUCAAUUAUCAACUCGGGUUGGGAGAUACAUGCGAUCCGACUCGGAGAAUGGGAUACGGUGACGAAUCCGGAUUGCCAGGUAAAUGGAGCAUCAGGGAAUGUCGAUUGUGCACCAUCGUAUCAGGAUGUUCUUGUUGAGGAAGUCAUAGUGCAUCCACUUUAUAAUAAAGACGCCGCCAGUCAAACCAACGACAUUGCCAUGGUACGACUGCGUGAUCCUGCCCAACUCAGCGACUAUGUGCAGCCCAUCUGUCUGCCCAACAAGCAACUGCGAGCCGAUGAACUGGAGCAACUGGUCACUGAAGUGGCCGGUUGGCAAGCGAAGUCCACCUCGAGGCCGAGAAAAAGCCAAGUUACUGUGACGUCAAUCGAGCAAUGUCAGACUCAAUAUGCGGCUCAAAAUAUUCGCAUUCUGGCAUCCCAAUUGUGUGGAACCGCCAAUACAAACGAGUGCCAUGGCAAUUCCGGCGGACCCCUCAUGUUGUUCAAGAACGAUGCCUAUAUCCUUGGAGGUCUACUCUCAUUCGGCCCGGUUACGUGUGCGACACCUGGCUGGCCGGAUAUCUACACACGGGUCGCAUCUUACAUCGAUUGGAUACAUGAGAAUCUGAAGCCUUAACUUAUACAUUUUAAUUAUUUCCAGUGAUAAUGCAAAAUGAAUUUUCCUAAAAAUACAGUUUAAAUAAAUACA